UGUAUGUAUGAUGGUCAAAUUGAGCUGCUUUUGAAGCAAAUUCAUACAUACAUACAGUAAGUUCUUUCUCUAUAGAAUUGUUUCCACCAGGCAAUGAGGGUUUUACUUCGGCAGCUGUGUGAACAAAAAUGUAUGCAAGCAGUGCAUCUUCGCUCACACACCGUGAUCAAUACAACGUACCCAAAUUUGCUAACUUCUUCCGCCAGGUUUCUUCCUGGAUCGAAGUUAGCAAACUAAACAUUGUUUGUUGUUGCAGUGGAACCUCCAACUCAACACGCACAUUUUCGUAGGCGAAGAGAAAUAUGAAGAGACUGCAAGUAACCGCUCAGCAACCUAACCACGGCCAACAAAACUGGUCUUUCCACUACUUGUACUGUUAGUCACUCAAGUCGCUAGUGAGCAACUGGCCUACAAUGCGUGUGAGUCGGUGAUUUCUUUUCGUUAUUUAAGAUGUCAAUAAUUGUAAAGUGCAUUUUUGCACUUUUCUUAGUCGUGUUUGUUCGAGGCAGUUGUGCGAAAUUGGUGGUUUAUAUCUCUCAACACGGCCUCCAUGGCGAAAUUCACUUUCUCCAGCACAAUGCUACGACCGUGGAAAUAAGUGCCGAUCUUGAGACAACGCUGCAAUUUCCUGACCAAGUAUGGGCUUGGAAUAUAGCGCAAUUCCCGGUUGAUUACACCGACGUCAACCCCACCACUAGAUGUAGUCAGGACAAACUAGGCCCUUCCGUGGUGGACUUAGACGAAGAUCUCGGAUACUUAGUGCUGCCAGAUAAUAUGACUUCAACUUGGAUGAAAGAACUAAGUCUCACAGGAAAAGACGGUAUUUGGGGUAAAUCUCUUGUUCUUACGGAUUUUGAACGUCGGGUGCGUGCAUGUGGUACAAUAAUAUCACAAGAUCAAUCAUUAGAACAUAUAGCCGAGGCGCGGUUUAGAUCUACCAUUUCCGGUUCCGUUUAUUUCCGUUGGUUGGCGGAACAAGGCGAAAAUCGUUGGGAUACUCUUAUCUUCUCCAAUUUGUAUCACUUGAGCGAGCUGCCACAAUCCUUCCGCUUCAAAGCAUAUACGGAACAUGCUUGGAAAAUCUACGUUACUGAUAUAUUCGAGCACGAUCAUCAUCGAUCUGAAGAUAAUUGUAACUUUUUACAGCAAUUAUUCGAUCCGCAGGGAUAUGGUGAUGGGAAAGCGUUAGGAGAUUUGGAUGUUCGAUCGGGAAAAAUAAGGGUUGCAACGAACCCUCUGAAGCAGGAACAACGAAUGCUUUUCAAUGACAAUAAGUUAGUUUUAUUGCCAUCAGAUUUAAAUAUUCCUCAUAGAACACUAUAUCUUGUUCUAAUCGAUCCUAUCCAUCCAGAAAAUUUCAUUGCAUGUGCAAAGGUGCGGCAUGUUCAGCCACUCAUUUUCAGAUCCUUUUUAAAUGUGGAUGGAGUUAAAGGCGACGUUAUAUUCACUCAAAGAUCGAUAUUCGAUCCAACAACAUUGAACUUCACCAUAUCUUCUGUAAGUGGAAAAACGGAGGACAAUGUUAAGUAUGCAGAAGACGUCGCUGCGUUCAGGGUUGCAGAACUUCCGCCUGCACCGCAACGUGCAAAUAGGGAUGACUACUGCGCGAGUACUGGAAACCUCUUUAAUCCACGGGAAUUAGAAAGGACCUCUUUUCCACCACCCGGAUUUGGGACGCAAGACCAAUAUGCUGUUGGGGAUCUGUCAGGAAAGUUGCAAAGUCGAAACAAAAAGUAUUUUCAUCAUUUUAUUCUACCUGGGGCUAGCUCAGAGUUGGAUGGAAUUUAUUGGGAUGUUUUUCUUCCUCUACAAGGAAAACAUAGUGUAGCCCACAGAGGACUUGUCUUAUAUAAAUAUAAUCGAAGCAAUUUAAAGAAUAUCACUGAAGAUCAAUGGGGAUGCAGUUCGAUUUUGCAAUACGAGAAGAAUGGAAUCUAUCAAAAGUCAAUGUUUACAGCUCAAGUGCUUUUCCGAUAUCCUGUAGUAGGGCGCAUCCUAUUCAGGCAACCUAAAGAUGAACCUUGGCAUGACACCGCUAUAAUUAUUGAAUAUCUCAUACAUGCCGACGGUUCAACCCAAAAUACUUCGCAUUCACAUCGCUGGGCUAUUCACUUAGAGCCGCCCGGAAAGGAUUUCUAUAACUGGAGUGGAAGGUGCUUGAGUGCUGGAGAUGUUUAUAAUCCGCAUAAAGUAUUCUUCACACUUAAUUCGCCUGAAGAUACUUGCCAAUCCCAUUUCCCAUGGCUUUGCCGGUUGGGUGAUUUGUUUAAUCGGCUUGGAACAAUAUCCAUAGCUGGAAGCAGGAUAAAUGCCGCUGAAGUCAGCCGCAAAUUAUUCAUUGACGAAAACCUGCCAUUAAGUGGAAGCAGUAAAAUUUUGGGAAAGUCUGUGGUUUUAUAUGAUGAUUUUGGCCCGAAAGCUCGAGGAGAACGUUUAGGUUGUGCUUUAAUAUCCGGACAUUAUAGUCGGAAAGCUGUUGCACGAGACUGGUAUUCCAAUGGAGGUGACAUCAAAAUGAAAGGCAAAUUGGAAAUAUUUCAGCAAUCUGAAUAUGAUAUUACCAACAUAGAAGUUGACUUUAAAGGUUUAGUAAAUACAAGUGGAUACCACAUUCACAUGACACCGGUGGAGGCGAACCUAGCCUUUCCUUGUGAGAAGACGUCAUUGUAUGGACACUGGAACCCAAGAAAUGUAGAUCCGAGAAAUUCUCCAAAGCCGCGAUAUGGUAGCACAGAUCAAUACGAGAUGGGUGACUUGAGUGGAAAGUUUGGAGCUCUUGAUGGUUUUCAAGACUAUGAAACGUGGUAUAAUGACACAAACAUUCCCUUAUUUGGGUAUGAAACUGUUCUCGGGCGAUCGGUUGUAAUUCACAAGAAAGAAAAUAACCAGCGGUGGGCGUGUAGCACCAUAGAAGCGGGUUACAGUCCCAGUGAAGCGCGACAAGUAAGUGCAAUAGCUUCCUUUCACCAUCCGGGCGGUUAUGCCUAUGGGUACAUUCGUAUGCAACAACUUAUUUACGCAGACGGUAGUACAAGUGACACAAUUAUGGAAAUUAAAUUACGGCAUCCUGGGAAAAAUGAUCGGAAUAUAACACGGGAUCAUCAUUGGCAAAUAUUUGUAAAUCCGAUAGGGGUAGAUGCUGCGGUGAAGCAAACUAUAACUCGUUGUGUAGCUGGUGGUUAUGUUUGGAAUCCGUACUACACACAACUUGCUGAUCCUUUAAAUAGUGAAUUAUACCAUCAAGAAUGUGCACCAGACAACCCUUUGCGGUGCUACGUUGGAGACGUGUCAGCUAGAGUGGGCAAAAUAGAUUUGGGUGAUAAACGUGUUGUUUUGAGUGAUUCGAAUUUCCCUUUGGAAGGACCAGUCAGUGCGAUGGGGCGUUCUAUAGUGAUUUUCGGUGCAAAUAGUUCAGGAGAGCGUUUUGCAUGUGCUAACAUUGAACCUGAUCAUGACAUCAUAAAAUAUAUAAAUCUACAAAAGCCACCUAGAUUUGUGGUGGCCCAAUUCCUAGAGGAUGUACGUCAUGUUACGGAAGCACCAGAAUGGAUGCUCAACGUUGAUGCUCGGACGAUAAAAACGUUGCAUGGAGGGACAUGUAUCCAAAUGAUUAUGCAUUUUAAAGGACCUUACGCUCAUCAGCUGGAAGUUGACCUUUCAGGGCUUUUAGCUGCUGGAGUUUUGUAUCGUCCCAGUGUUUAUAUUCCGGGUUAUUCCAACCAGAAACGAAAAACGACAUUGCCUUAUAGAACUUGCGAUGUCGUAGAUCCCAAUGAGAAAAAUUCAAAAAAAAGAAAGUCUUCGGGGGUUUUUAGAAAAGCAAAAAUUUCAAUGUGUUUGCUAACCGCACUCCUGAUUAACCUGCGCUGGUAGAUAUUAUGCGAACCACGACAAAAAUCUUUUAGAAGAAUGGAGGUUGUGAAGAAAAUGUAAUUAUACUAUUGUGCACUGUUUUCAUUCAUUAGUCAUUUCCGUGCAGGAAAAUAAGGUUUACAUUGAUUGAUCAUUUUAAUAUUUCAUACGAAGAGCGUUGUAUAAAGUAUAGAAAGCAAUAAAAAAAAAGCUUUAUUAUUUUUUGACCAUA